ACGUGGUGAUUUACAGGCAACGUGAGUUGAGCGUGGACAAUUAGAGCCGUAAAAAAUAUUGUUUAAAAUAUAUAUUUUUAUUUUUUUAUGAUAGAAUAUUGUCUUGUCAUCAUUAUGACAUAGCUAUACGAAGUUUGCAGUCGACACGACAUUGUGAAAACGGUUGAAAUUGAGUUACAAGAUUUUUGGAUACGACAACACAUACAUUAAGUUAAAUAAAAGCGUGUAAAAAGUUUUAAAAAUACGUUUUAGAUUUUUUAUGAUAGAAUAUAGUGUUUUCAUCAGUAUGACAUAGCUAUACGAAGUGAGUUAAAUAACAGCGUGUAAUAAAAAAAAAGAUUUGUAGACGUCAGAACACGCCGGAAAACCCCGGGGUCAAAACCCAACGGUGAAAGGUCUUCGCUGCGAUUAACAUCGCCACACUGUGGCCAUGCAAGCAGACACAACACACGGACAGAGAGACUGACGGAGACACACAAACACACCGACAAGGGGGAAGAAAGAUAGCCAGUGGGACAGAAAGAGAUGUCUACAAGGCUGGCAAUGCCGCGUCUCCCCGCCGCCUUGAGACGCGUGAUCGGCGGGCCCGGACCACCCCGCCCUGCCGGGGAGACCUGCCCGGGAUGGUGGCCCGUCCUCGGUAGGGUUUCUAGGCAAGAAAGGGGGGCCGGGAUGGGUGUUGAAACUGGCGCGCAGAGCACGUCUUGGCUGCCCGUCCUCGCUGGGAUUUACAGGCAAGGGUUCACUCUCGGUACGAGGCCGUCAUCUGCUACAGAGGCAUGCCGGGGAUGGUUGUUGAGCGUCCUCGGAAGGGUUUCUAGACAAGACCGGGAGCCCGGCGUCUGUGGCCACCUUGCGUCUGUAAGGGGACCCUGCCGGGUACGGUGGCCCGAUCUCGGUAGGGUUACUAGGCAAGCCCGGGGCGCACGCGGCCUGUACGUCGGCUUCACCACUGGCCCUGUUCGGGUGCCGCUACCGGAGGUCGGACCCCGCAGGGAGAGCCGGGGGCUACACACGGGGACGCACUACGGGGCCAGGCGAAACCUGCAGGGACAAGGAGAUGGACCGGGACUUCAGGGAGCCAACCCCGGGCAGAGGACAGAGGCGCGGGGCAGCAGCGAGCUGGACCGGGCAGACGCAUUUAUGAUGAGGAAAGCACAGGAAACUGGGUACCUGUCUUGGCUGAGGAAUGGUCUUUUAGCCACUGGCAUUGGAAUAAUCGCCUUUGUGCAAAGCGACAUGGGGAGGGAGGCUGCCUAUGGGUUUUUUAUCUUGGGCGGGCUCUGCAUCUCGUACGGCACAGCCUCGCACAUGGCCAACAUAGCGGUGCUGCGGCGAGCGAUGAUGCUGUCGACGUCAGCCGUGGUGCUCAACACGGUCGGGGUCCUCACGCUGACCGUCUUGUGGCUCACGGCUGUGACGCUGUACGUGGGCCGCCUCGAGGUGGAGAUCGUGAGGGACAACGGCGGAGAAUGGGAUGAAGGCUGUGAGCACUGCCGAGGUCACGAGGGCGAAGAGGAGGGCAAAGGCAGGGCUGACAAGUGAAGGGGAUGGUGGAGAUCGAAAGGAGGGGCCCCAGUGGCUUUGCAUGAUUUGGAAAGUUGAGUUCCAUAAUGGAAAUAAAUAUAUAAGCAUGUGGGUUAUCAGCAACAGUCUCGUUCUUCUCCAUGUUGGUUUUUUUUGGGAAAUGUUAACUUUUUUUUAAUGACUAACACUUUUAUUUUGUGCACAUUUUUUUUUCAAUAUUGUACGUUUGUCACGACAAACAUUGAGAGGUUGGACUAUUAUGUGAGUUUCUGACGUGUUCUUGCACCUUACAUGCAAAAGUAUAUUCACGGGUGGUUAAAACAGGUCUAAAAUAAACACUUUUAUUUUUUUUACCACUUUUGAAUAUUUGAAUAAUGUAUGUUCGGAAUAUAAAUAUUUCACAACGGUAAAUUUAUUUUAUUUUGGACCUGUUUUAACCACCAGUGGAAACUUGUAUGCAGUCUAAGAAUGUGUGAGAAACUGUCAUCAUUUUCUAAUCUCUCAUUUAGUUUCCUUAAAUUUUCGAAAAACUAAAUUCAGAAUGAAGGGUGAUUUAUCAAAUAUCUGCAACUUCCUUGAUUUAUACAUUUUCACAACACAUCCGUACCGCAACCAAAGGCGACAUUUCAUUAUUUGUUUCAAAAUACAUUGGUUUGAUGUUUAAAAUAUGUGUUGAUUAAUUUUGCCCGUCUGUGCAAUUACCUACUAUAAUCACCCAGAAAUGUCUGUCCGUCCUAUGUGUGACGUCACUCCACAUGAGGCCCACCCCCCCGUGUGACGUCACUCCAUAUGAGGCCCACCCCCCUCAUUAGUAUUCAUGAGUGGAUUUUCACAACGCAGAGGAAGGUCGAGUUAAAUUAAAUAAUUUAUUACGCAAAGUCGCUUCAAAUAUAAUGUUUCUUUAUAGAAAGUGACGCAAAAAAAUAAAUCUAAGCAACACAGUGCUACAUUCGUGCGUGACGUCACUGCAAAAGAGACCCCCCCCCCCCCCUUCAUUAAUAUUCAUGCAUGCGUGGAAAUUUAAACUAACGCACAAGGUCGUGCACUCCACAUGCCGCACCCCUCCCCAAUAACCAUAAGUGGGUGACGUCACUCCACAUGGGCAACCCCCCCCUCAUUAAUAAUCAUGAGCUGAACAAAUUUUUUAUUGAAUAUUUCAGAUUUAUUGCAAUAUACACCCGGGCAAAAAUGCUAGUUGGAGCAUAUUUAAAUAACGAAUUUCUGUUAUCGGCGAGUGUGGAGAAACGUGGCCUUGACACUGAUGAAAGAGCUGAAGCAAUGUCAUCACCGAAUGCUAGAAUCUUUCCAUGGGACUUUGUGCACAAUGUCCUUUGUGGCACUUUCAGACCUGAACCCCAGAAUGACCUUUUAAGCAGCCGCCUUCAUCUUUCCACAACCCAAUGACCCGCAAUUAACACCACCACCACCACAUCAAAGUUAAUCAUAAGUGUGUACACUCAUAAUCAACCCGUCUUGGCACUCCUUCUAGGGCCAGACUGUAAAAAAAAUUUGGAAACGGUUGAUUAGCUUCUAGAAGAGACUUGAAAACUUGGGAUAAUGUUGAGGUGAGUUUAGCUCGAGCAAUAGCAGAACGCAAAGUAAUAUUGCAGAGUUGGGUAGAUAUGUCAUAAAAAAUGAUGCUGAAAAGUAGCGAAGUGUGAAAUAAAAACAUUGCAUGUGCAUGUGGUAACUGGCAAUAUAUUUUUUUACAAGUGACCUCAAUAGUUAUUAAAUUGCUAGAACAAAUAUAGCUGCAAGGCUUCCCCAGUGAGUUUAAUAUCAGUAGGUGUGUUUAGAAGAGAAGAGCAUUUGCUCAUGAACCAGCGCCGACAGCAUGAUAUGAAACAAUAUUUAAUUUUUUUUUAAACCAAUGUUUGUCUUGGUGAAUUUAAUUGCCUUAUAUAAAAGAUCCACAGAUUAAGUUGCCAUUAAAAUUACUGUAGGGCAUUAACAAGUGUAAAAUAUAGAAUAGCACUCACCUGGCAUUGCAAAAUUCAAAUAUUAAACUUGAGAGACAAACGCGCACAUGUAAAGCCUUCACAAGAGAGAUGUUACCCAAAUGCUAUGAUCUUGUACUGGAUAAAUAUUGAGUGUUGGUAUAUACAGUACCUAUUUAUGGUAUGGUGGACAUUACUACUACUGUGGUGUGCAGUGUAAGCCUGUUGCAGAUAUACCAAUCAAUAAAUAUUUUUAUUUAAAAAAAACGAAA